AUGUCGGGCAUACUGAGUUGGCUGUAUGACCUCUGGGAGGAUCCCCCCGAGCCAGACAGCCCUUUCAUCAAAGCUUUGAAAGAUGAUUGGUUGGCGGAGAACUCCGAGUCGCGCGAGGAAGAUGUCACCAAACAGCAGCUGGAAGCAAGGAUCGCGACGGCUGAGAAGGCAGCGUCCAAGGUGACCGAGCCCAACAAGCUGCUUGACCUCGCAGAAGCCUACGGUGUGCUUAACCCCAGAGACAAGCGGUGCCUGGAAACCUGCGAACUCGUCAUGAAGUUCUCGCUUCCUUUCCUCAGCAGGCAACGACAAGGAGAUGCGCAUCAGCUCCACGCACGAUCCCUCUUCCUGCACCAGGACUUUGAGGGCAGCCUUCGAGCUCUCCUCCGUGCACAAGAAUGCUACAAGGACCAGGGAAAUAAACGACUUCGGCGAUCGAAUAAUCUCGGCCUCCUCCGUGCGCAUGCGGCAUUGGGUCAGGGAACAGAGGCCUCCGAGCGUUUGAAGGUGGCCUUGACAAUGUGUUCGACGAAGGAGGAAGCCCUCAACGUCUACCUUAGCGGCCGGGCUGCCUUGGAGGAUGGCGGCUUCGGAGACAAAUUCGAGAUGCUUUGGGAGGAUCACCUGGACGAUAACCCGGAGACCAAGGCGCACCUGGAUCAGCAGAUGGCCGCCAUGAAGCAGCUCACGAAGCAGGUUCCGCAGAACCAGGAGGACGCCGGCUCAGAGGAGGAUUUCAAAAUGCCAGAGACGUUGAAGGACUUCGUCCAGCUGGCAAAGCGCCACAAGCCAAUCGCGACCUUCGUCCUUAUCUUUGUUGUGCUCUACAUCAUAGCGGCCGUCUACAUAUCCAACUGGCUAUCGAAAGCCAUUAUGCAGCGCCUGACAGAGCAGAAGCUCUGA